UUCUUUUUAAUAUAUUUCAAAAAUAAUUCCAAUGAAAAUGUAUUGUUUUCAAUAAGGUUAGAAACUAACUUGUAUUCUACGCGAAGUGGUGUAGUAAUCAUUAAAUUGUUAGGUAGUCGAACUAGGGUAUUUUUAAUACAAUUUAUCAUUUAGAACUAAAUGUUAAAUGAGUAGUAAAAUAAGUAAUACUCUAUAUUCUAUUGUAAAAUGUAAAUGAAUUGAAGAAACAAAUAGAAUAAAAAUUUAGAUCUCAUAGGCUCAUUGAACAAGAAACGAUCAUGAAAAGACAAAAUGUGCGAACUCUUUCGUUGGUUGUAUGUACAUUUACAUAUCUUCUAAUUGGAGCAGCAGUGUUUGAUGCAUUAGAGUCUGAUACUGAGAGCAAAAGAUGGGAAGUACUAUCAGAUAUGAAAAAUGGUCUCGUCCGAAAAUACAAUAUAACACCUGAAGAUUAUCACAUGAUAGAAAUAGUUAUCAUAGAGAACAAACCUCACAAGGCUGGACCUCAGUGGAAGUUUGCCGGUGCAUUUUAUUUUGCUACAGUAGUCCUUGCUAUGAUUGGCUAUGGACAUUCAACACCAGUUACAGUGGGGGGGAAGGCAUUUUGUAUGGCAUAUGCAAUGGUAGGUAUACCACUGGGUCUAGUUAUGUUUCAAAGCAUCGGCGAGCGUCUAAAUAAAUUUGCCUCGGUCGUCAUUCGGCGUGCUAAAUGUUAUCUCCGCUGCAAUACCACCGAGGCUACAGAGAUGAAUCUUAUGUUCGCAACCGGUAUGCUUUCAUCCAUCAUCAUAACAACGGGGGCUGCGGUGUUUUCUCGCUACGAGGGGUGGAGCUACUUCGACAGUUUCUACUAUUGCUUCGUAACGCUGACAACUAUCGGCUUUGGGGAUUAUGUGGCGUUACAGAACGAUCAAGCGUUGACAAGCAAACCGGGCUACGUGGCGUUGAGUCUCGUGUUCAUAUUGUUCGGGCUGGCGGUGGUCGCGGCGAGCAUCAAUCUGCUGGUGUUGCGGUUUAUGACAAUGCAAGCGGAGGAGAACGCUCGUGACGAAGACAAGGAUGGCUCUAGAAUAAUGUUGCCAAUAGACGGACACCCGCUGGCGGGCCGGCAGCGCUCUCACGAGGACCAGGCUUCCGUACUUAGCCUUGAAGUCACAGUAUGUUCGUGCAACUGUCUCGGUAACAAGCAGUGUGAGGGCGGAGCCUUACUGCCGGCCUCUCGACCGCUGCGAGCGCUGAAGAAGCGCGCCUCGCUCGCUCCUGAACUUGUCGAACGAGCUUCGGUUUAAUGUAUAGGACUUUAAUUCCCAUCCCAUCAAUGCCAACAUUGUUGUCAGUCUCGAGUCCAUUCAAGGAGUCGAAUUCCUAGUGGACAAAAUACUCGUACCUCAUUGGUUGAAAUAAUUUGGAUACUAGAUUUACGUUACAUUCAUUAACUAAUGAGUGCACAAGUCCUUUGGAAAUUCGUUUCGUGGAAUGGACUUUAUAAUUUGACAGGAUGAAAUCUCAACGAGUAUUCAUGCCUGAUAUUUAUUUACAAAAUAUUAGGUAAGUUUGUAUGAGCUAGUAUAUAUGUGAGUAUUGAAGACUUAUUGUUUUUUUUUUUACUUUAAACUUGUAUGUUAUUCUUUCUGUAUAUUAUACUCUGACUGGACUCAGUUAAUGUCAGCUGGUGACCAUGACGGGUGCAACUCUGUCGAAAUUAAAGUAAGUAAGCGUUUAAAUGUCCCACUGCUCUCCUUUUGAGGACAAGGUUACGGCUACGUUGACGCUAGUGGAUCUAAUGUGGCAGAUUCAUACAGGUCUGUGGAAACGUCGGGCAAAAUAAUAAGAAAUUGUUUGGAAGCGAUCGGAUACACAAAUAUUAUAUAUAUUAAAUAGUACAUUUGUUAUAAAUUCUUUAUUCAUUUAUUUUAAAGUAUUUUUAAACUAAUGAUUUUAUAGCUAUAACAACAAACAUUAUUUCUUCUAUUGAGUAUUUGUUAAGCAUGUAUCAUAUGCUCAAAUUAUAAAAAUAACAAAAGUGAUAUGGAGCGCACAGAACAUUACAGUAGAGCAAGAAAAGCGGAUACACAAUCAAAAGCGAAUACAACUUCCCGGUAGCUAAUAUAUAUUGUGUGAAGUCAUUAACAAUUUCUUAACGCGUCAAUAACAUAAGAAUUAGUGACAGUACUUUUGGCGUAUUAUCAAACGACGCGUUGUUUCGCAGUACCGCAAGUCUGUAUUCGCUUUUUUUUUAUAAUCUGAGCAUAUAUAUAUUACAACAAUACAAUUGAGAAAAUAUGUAUAUAUAUUUGUGAGUUUUUGUAGAUUUAAAAUGAUUAGUUUAAAAAUACUUUAGAAUUUAAAUCAAAUGUAUGUACAUAAUGUUGUAGAUACAUUUUUAGCAACAGUUUGAUAUUCUAACAGCUGGUACAUGCUAUUAAAAAAAAACGAAUAUGUCUUAUAUUAAUUUAUUUUAUUUAUCUAACAUUUUUGUUAAGAUUGAAAUAAAGAAAGAACAAGAAAUAAAAAAGAAGAAAAAAAAGUACCAAUAUGCUUUAAAGGUUUAUUCCGUGUGAUGAAUUUCUUCUUCCAUGAUGUUUUCAUAUUAUUAAAGUUAGCACGCACGCCAAAUGUACUUGUUGCCAAAAAAUCUUGUUUAUUAUUAAGGAAUACAUAGAAUAAUGAAUAUACAUUUUUAAAUAAGAAUUAGUUGUACGAAUAUAAGGAAAAUAUUGAUUUUCCUUUAAUGUGAUCUUAUUUAAGUAAGGUUAAUUUAUUUAUAUACUUAUAUUAUAAAUGCGGAAGUUACUCUGUUACCUCUUCGCGCUUAAAUCGCUUAACCAAUUUAUAUGAAAUCUGGGAUGGGUAAGUUUGUGUUCCGAGUAAGGACAUAAGCCACUUUUUUUAAUCUGCACCUCGAGGGUGUACAUGGGGGGGAGUGUUGUGCUAUAAGUAAAGUAUAAAUUUCGUGCGGGUAAAACCGCAUUUGAAUAAAAUUUAUUACUUGCUAAUUAUGUUAGUAAAAUAGGUUUAGUCAAACAUAAAUUUGGCGCCUUAUAUUACUUCCCGCGAUUACUGUGUAUCUGGGUAAAUCUGCGGUUCGUUGACAUGAACCCUUGAAGAAACGUGUAAACAAUAAUAAGGUUGCUUACCACAAAGCGACACAAAAGUGGCACAGCCGAUUGCCAAAGACAGUGCCAAAUAAAAAUAAACAUUAAUGAACUUAUUAUGUACUUAAUAAAUAAUUGUAAUGUUCACAUUUUACCUUAGAUUAUUGUAAUAUUAGCAUUUUACUUGUAAGAAACAAAACGCACUUAAUUCAUACAAAUGUACUUGUAUUAUUUCUUAUCUGUGAUAUUAUUUGAUCUCAUUUUUCUCAAUUAAGUUUUUUUUAUUGGUGUUUAAUUUGUAUAU